GAGCCCACGUUCGCGGUGUGAGGGGGAGGGAGAUCAGCAGUUUGUGUAUGGAUGCAGUCGGUACGGGGGUGUAAAAACCGGAUUUCGUGCCGUUUCUGAGAACCCUAUGGGCUUCGUACGAGCUCCACACAGUAUAACCUAACAUGGAUGUGUCACAAGAAGACGCAGACUCUUCGUACAAAGGGUUUCUCCAGAGUUUCCUCGAGAAAUACCCAACCGACUUCGGCGCAGACGACACCCUCCCACUUCGGCUGAUCACUUUCUAUCUGACACCAGACGAAGUCGAAGGCGAACUUUUGGACUGGAUUUUGCAGUGGUUAGACAAAUGUGCUGCUCCGUGGCUCCUUGCGGCCGCCCUUGCCAGACACACCGUGGACGAGUUCCUCUCCUCGGACCUGACCCAGUAUCACAAGCAACCUGAGGAGGAUCAGGAAGAACAACAAGAACCUCAACUUGAAGCUGAGAGAUUGGCCAAGGCAGCGUUCAACAGAAUACGGGGGCUGUGCAAUGAAUGGAUCAGCGAUGGACUGCCUACCCUACAGCCUUGUAGGAAAUCCUUGCCAGAGUCGUCCCUCUGCAGCAUCAAAAACACACGCAGGAGAAUGGAAGAUCGCCACCUCAGGGUCCCCGACCUCAACUUUCUCUUUAACAUAAAGGACCAAGAAGAACAGUGCUUGUAUGGAGUGUUUGAUGGCCAUGGAGGUAUCGACGCUGCCAACUACACCGCCGCUCAUCUUUACGUCAACAUCGUCCGUCAUCCCAGUUUCCAUGACGAUGUGGAAACUGCUCUCAGGGAAUCCAACCUUGCUACAGACGCAAAGUUCUGUGAGAAGGCCAAGCGCGAGGGACUGAGGAGUGGGUCGACUGCGGUGAUUGUACUGAUCCGAGGCAGCACGCUGUACGUGUCGUGGUGCGGGGACAGCUCAGCUAUGGUCAUCAGGAAGGAGAGAUGUGUGGAGAUCAUGGAGGCACACAAACCAGAGAGAGAGGAUGAAAGGAAGAGGAUAGAGGACCUUGGGGGCUGUGUUGUUCACUAUGGCACAUGGCGAGUCAAUGGGAACUUGUCUGUGUCCAGGGCAAUAGGAGAUGCAAGCGAAAAGCCAUAUAUCAGCGGAGAAGCAGACGUCACCAAAGUGCCUUUAGACGGCUCGGAGGAGUACGUGAUCGUGGGCUGCGACGGUUUCUGGGAGCACGUCUCUCACGGUCAGGUCACGGACACCAUCCAGGCCAGCGACAAGAACGAGGGGGGCCGCCAGCAAGUUGCCAAAGACCUUGUAGCCUUGGCCAAAGACAAUGGCUCCUCUGACAACAUUACCGUAAUAGUGGUGAGCUUAGGGGACCAACACGACCAGGUGGAUAACAAUGUGGGACAGGGAGACGCAGCAAAAACAAAGGACGACGCCAAUCCUGGGGCUGACGAAAACAACUCCGAAGGAGGUUCAGACACCCCCAAUAGUUCCAGUAGCGAUGCAACUGGCUCGAAUUUCACGGGCGUGUCUGGAGGGCCCCCGCCGGGAACGUACAGUGCUAACUACUCCGGGUCCUGCUUCAGUGGCCGCUUUUUUCCGCAGUCCCAUCUACGAGUAAAGAAGCCUUUAAAAAAGACUUCUUCGCUACCGUUAUGCAGUGGAAAGAGGCCUUUGCACAAGACUUCUUCGCUGCCGUUGUCUGGAGGGGUGUCGAAAGUGAGAAAGCUUGUCGGAGAGAGGGAGGUUGUUACGUACUUGAAUGUUCUGGAGGGCAAGGAGAUCCGGUUGGUCGGGAAACCGUCUGGAGAGCGCAGCGUUAAGAAAAGCCAAGUGUCUCCCUUGUCGCUCAGCCCUGUUCUUGCGGAGGGGUCCGUCAGCCACCAGUUUCCCCACACGGUCAGACUCAGUCCGAGUUUCCAGCGCAAGCAACAGGCUAACCAAGCUAGCCUGGUCCCAGUCAAGAGGUCCAGUAGCUCCCCCUUGUCGCUACCUCCGGUACUGCAGCCAACACACCCUCCCCUCAUCAUGGAGGAUCGGCUGGAUAUUCCACGGGCAAGUCUUUCCUUCCCCCCGCCUAGGGUGGACAUGGACUUUAAAGGAAAAUUCAUGGACUUUUUCCUGAGGAGAAAAACAGGGUGAAGCCACUACCAUCUGUGUGAACUUACAGAUAUGAAGCGAAAACAUUUUCGUCUGUUUCUGGAAACAAACUAAAAACUGGAAAAAAGAAAAUCUGGCUACAGAGUAACUUAAAUCUCCCCAUCCUUCCUAUUCCACAUACCCGUAUAUUUAUAUUUUGUAAUAGUUAGUGAACAUUUUGCCCACCUUUUGCCACAAACUAUAUCUUCCGUUGCACACAUUUCAAACUACUACUGGUAGUACAUAAUACAAAGAAAGUUGAUUAUCACCUAAGUUUCCUUUUGCACAUUGUGUUUUUCUAACAAAAUCGAACCAAAUUAGUAGUUCUUGCAGUCAAAGUGGUUGUUGUACUCUUUAGAAUGCCAACAAUCCAAGGGAUGUAACUUGAGUAACUAAAAAUUUGCCAUGCCAAUAAAAUUGCACUUUGAUGAGCCACAUCUGCGGUUCAGGGAUUUUGCAGGUCUUGCAAUACUUUUCACUUGCCACAACGUCCACAGCUGUGCUUAUAUAAGUUCACAUAGGAGCUCCAGCUGUCUUUGGUGCAAUCCUAUCUGUGCCUUUAACUCGAUGCAUGUUACAGUCCUACCUCCAAACAAUUCCGUCAUUUAUUUAUAUCUAAACAGCUGAAAAUGUGGAUUUCCAGUAGAUGUGGGGAAGGUUAAAACGCACCCAAAUGCCACUUCAAUCCAGUAAUACUGGAUUUUCAAUACCAUUUUGAUACCAUAUUUUGUCUAUACUGUAGUUGAACCAAGUACAGAUGCACAAAUUGUCACUAGAUCUAAAUCCGUCUGUCGUUUUUGCAUCAAUUUACAGUUGGUUGAAAAAUACCAUUGUUACAUGUAGGUGUGCGCUUGUAAUUUUCAAACAUUUCAAUCCUUUCAAUGCUCUUUUGUCCUGGUUACAAGAUACGUAGCAGCAAAAUGGUUUGCUGUAUGCACCAGGUGUUCAUAAAUAGUAUAAAAUCCAACUUUGAAAAAGAAUUACUUUGUGGAUCAUGAACAAACAACAACAAGAUGAUAGAAUGUACCCACGAAAAGCAAUAAAAUAUGAGCCUAGCUUUUGAGCUGUUUCAGAGGACUGUAAGGUUUACAGAUGGACACUGUAAGUCACAUGGUUGGAUGGCCAAAGGGCCAAUAAUAUAACAGCAUCUCAUAUGAAAUGUCAUAGUAUUGUUUGUGUUGUAUUUUGAUUUGGAAAAGUGCAUGUAUAUAGAUGUACCGUUAUUUGUGUCUUGAUUUAAGUGUGUCAUUGGACUUUGGGUGAAAAUACAUGUACAAUGUAUAUGAUAUACACUGUAUUGUUUACACACGUACAUGUUGAUUUUUUUCAUACAUGGCAAUUGUGGGGACAUUGGGGUUUAUAUACAUUAUAAAAAAAAUGCACAUUUAUUUCUGUUGUCAUUAUUUAACUACAACAUGCAGUGCAGUUUUGUGAUCUUGUGCAAGAAAGUGUGGACUGGAAUUUUGCAUGCAAUAUUUUCUAGGGUUUUGUAAACUAUAUGUUAUUGAUAAACCAAAGCAAAUAAAAAGCUAUGACCAAA